GCCGUUUUCUCAGGGCGACGACCUGGAUUGAGAUUGUAGCUAGGUGACGUGGGCCUGAUGUGACACCCUCUGAGCGCCAGGUUUCUCUUCUGUGAAAUGAACAGCGUUAAACCCGAGCUUGAUGGAGUUGUGGUGGGAUGGGCUGAUAAAGGCGGGUAGAACGCCCUGACUCGUCACCCGCCUCAUAGUCGACCCUCGAACCCUUGGAACAUAAUGAUAAAACAUCGGCAGGUGCAGCGAAGGGGCCGCCGAUCUCAGAUGACCACAAGUUUCACAGAUCCAGCCAUCUCUAUGGAUCUCCUCCGUGCUGUCCUGCAGCCUAGCAUCAAUGAGGAGAUCCAGAGUGUCUUCAACAAGUACAUGAAGUUCUUCCAGAAGGCAGCGCUGAAUGUGCGAGACAAUGUUGGGGAAGAAGUGGACGCAGAGCAGUUGAUUCAGGAGGCUUGCCGCAGCUGCCUGGAGCAGGCAAAGCUACUCUUUUCAGAUGGAGAAAAAGUAAUACCCAGAUUGGCCCAUGAACUUCCAGGGAUCAAGCGUGGCCGGCAGGCAGAAGAGGAGUCCCACCGAGGAAGCCCCAUUCCCAAAAAGAGGAAAGGUCGGCCUCCUGGACAUGUCCUGUCAAAUGACCGCGCAGCUGCUGGCAUGGUCAGAUGGAAACCAAAAUCCUGUGAACCAAUUCGCCGAGAAGGCCCCAAGUGGGACCCAGCUCGGCUGAAUGAAUCUACCACCUUUGUUUUGGGGUCUCGAGCCAACAAGGCCUUGGGGAUGGGAGGCACCAGAGGGAGGAUCUACAUCAAGCACCCACACCUCUUUAAGUAUGCAGCAGAUCCUCAAGACAAGCACUGGCUGGCUGAGCAGCAUCAUAUGCGGGCAACAGGCGGAAAGAUGGCGUACCUUCUCAUUGAGGAAGACAUCCGAGAUUUGGCUGCCAGCGAUGACUACAGAGGAUGCUUGGACCUAAAGUUGGAGGAACUGAAAUCCUUUGUUCUGCCAUCCUGGAUGGUUGAGAAGAUGCGGAAAUACAUGGAGACACUACGGACAGAGAAUGAGCAUCGUGCUGCGGAAGCACCUCCCCAGACCUGAGCCGUGUCCUGCCUACACUUGACAGCCUGCCUCCAAGACCUUCUUUCCCUGCCUGCUAUGGCCAUCAUGGGGAUUUGGUCUAGUUGGCUCUUAGCAGCAUUAAAGCUGUACAUGAGCUAGUUUGUAGUGACUCACUGCACAGCACCCCAAACUGGCAUGUGGUUGUUUCUAAAGUUAUUGGAAUAAGAAGCAAUUAAACAGUUUGUAAUAAACAUAGGUAGUGAGCCUGCUGUAAUGACUGCCUUGUGGAACCUGACAGAGCAAGAGCCAAAGAAAUAUGCACACCAGAAAAGGACCACCCCCCUGCCGGCCCGCCCCCAUCUGUGUUCUCUGCCAGCUCCCCUGUCCUUGUUCCAGUUUAGGAAUGUUGCACAAUGUGAAGGCUAGCCCAAAGAGGGUUUGAUGGCCAACCAAAGGAAAAAUGUACUUGCCCUUUAUUUUCCCAAUGUUACGGGCUAACCCACUGACCAACUGCUGAGGUUGUACAGUAAACUUACUGGAGAGUAUGAACUUUUUUUUGCUUUUUGGAUUGAGACAGUGUCUCUUACAUGUAGCCGCGGCUGUCCUCGAGCUCAGAUGUCUCGCCUUUGUUGGGAUUAAAGUUGAGCA